UUUGGAUCCCGCUGCCGGUGGCCACCUGCUCUCGGGGGAGGACCCGCGCGCGGGCGGAGGCCGAUAUCCGAGCACGGCGUACGCCCCCGUGGGGCCCCAGCUCGGCACUUCCGGUGGCCGGAGGUAGGGGCACCGACGCCGCGCAGCGCGGACCGGCGCAGGGGGACCGCGUCGCCCCGGCUGGGAGCACGCGGGCGUGCGGAGGCCGAGGCCGCUGCCAUGCCGGCCCGCUGCGUGGCCGCCCACUGCGGCAACACCACCAAGUCCGGGAAGUCGCUGUUCCGCUUCCCCAAGGACCGGGCCGUGCGGCUGCUGUGGGACCGCUUCGUGCGGGGCCGCCGCGCCGACUGGUACGGGGGCAAUGACCGCUCUGUCAUCUGCUCGGACCACUUCGCUCCGGCCUGUUUUGACGUCUCUUCGGUUAUCCAGAAGAACCUGCGCUUCUCCCAGCGCCUGAGGCUCGUAGCGGGCGCCGUGCCCACCCUGCACCGGGUCUCCGCCCCAGCACCUAAGGGGGAAGAAGAGGGAGAGCACGCGGGCGGCCCCGAAAAGGGAGGAGAGCCCCAGGCAGUCAGGCAGGCAGAGGCCGCCCCGGGGCCGGCCGCCUGUACGCUCCUCCGGGCCAGGAAGAGGGCUGCGCCUUCACAGAUUACAUAUGAAAAUGAAGUUAAACAAACACAAGUCCCUGCUAAUAAUCUAUCUUAUGGUGUCACUUCGGUACCUACUCACUGUGAAGAAGGCCCAGUGCAUAAAAGCACACAAAUGUCUCUGAAAAGACCCCCUCACCGCAGUGUUGGUAUUCAAGCCAAAGUGAAAGUGCUUGGAAAACAACUGUGUAAUGCCACUACUCAGACCAAUGGAUUGCGGUCUAGAAGUGCCUCCCUCUUUGACAUUUACUCCAGUGACUCAGAGCCAGAUGCAGACUGGGAUGUCAAGAGUGAGCAGAGCAAUUUGUCUUACAUAGCUGUGCAGGUGAAAGAAGAGUCUUGUUAAAAAUGCAACAUCAUGGGCGCCUGGGUGGCUC